CAACGAGGUCUAGUCCUCGUCUCGCUCCACCAAGGCGACGAUCCAUUCCCUCGACACAUCUGUGCAAGAGCACGCCGCCGCCGCCGGGAGCCGCCUCCAUCGCCCGUCGCCUCAGCUCUUCCCCCGUCCGCAAGCAAGUGAUUACAGGUAAACUGUCGCAAGCAAGAUGGCCCUCUCAUCAGUUUUCAGGAGAGUAAACAUCAAAGAAUUGAUCUCAAAUGUUCCGGUCUACACUAGCUCAACAGAGACAUCUGGAGGAAUGAGCUUGGUCUUUAGGCGUUGGGCCACAAAAAAGACUGCUGGGUCAACGAAAAAUGGCCGUGACUCUAACCCCAAGUAUCUGGGUGUUAAGAAAUUUGGUGGAGAGAAAGUGGAACCAGGAAACAUCAUCGUACGACAAAGAGGAACCCGCUUCCAUCCUGGGAACUAUGUUGGCAUGGGGAAGGAUCACACUAUCUUCUCUCUGAAGGAAGGCCAUGUGCGGUUUGAGCGGAAUAAGCUGACUGGCAGGAAAUGGAUUCAUGUUGAACCUGUAGCUGGGCACACUCUCCACCCUGUUUACGCCAACGGUUCAGCCACUGCAGCUGACAUGGAGCUACUGUAGUGUUGAUGUGUGUGUGGGUUGCAGUGACAAGUUGCUGAUAGCCUACUGGGGAUGGCUCUGC